AUGCCCAAGGGCAUGUACUUUGUCCGGAUGGAUACACGAGACCAGCGUGCCCAGCGCGAGCUCGGGGAGGAAGGAAGCGUGGACGUGGUGCAGGUCGGGUCGGAUGAGGUGGGUCCUACCGGUAAGGAGGAAAGAUGGGCCCAAAGGAGAGAACAGCACCAGCACGGUAACACCUGCCACCAGCACCUGAGCGACCGGCCGGCAGGAGCGGACGAGAUUCUAGCAACGGCCAGCAGCAGGCCCUAG